ACCUUAAGGAAAAAAAAUAAAUAGAAGAAAAUGGAACUGAUAAGACUCUAGACUGGUGUUUCCAGUUUCUCGCUGCUGCUGCUCCAGAUGUCUCACUUUACAAGUGAAGAUGAAGCUCUGUUACAGUCUAUGCUCAGACAGUUGCUGCAGAGUGUGAAGGAGAAAAUCACGGGAGCCCCGUCAGUAGAAUGUGCGGAAGAGAUUCUCCUGCAUUUGGAGGAGACCGAUGAAAAUUUUCACAAUUAUGAAUUCGUGAAAUACCUUAGACAAUAUAUAAAUAAUACUCUGGGAUCUAUGGUUGAAGAAGAAACAGAAAAAUGUACUUCUGCUCAAAAUCAGGGUGAAGUAUCUGGCUAUGAUACUCUUGUCCAGCAUGUUACUAAGAAGACCCGUGAAUCCAAGGAGUACAGAGAAAUGAUGCUUGCUUUGAAGAAUGUCAUGAUGGUUGUGGUAGAAUCUUUGAUUAAUAAGUUUGAAGAAGAUCGGAUGCGUAAUAAGGAGCUGGAUAGUAAAACUAAGAGAGAAAGUCAAAGUGGCCACUAUACAGACAACUGCUCUGACAGUGACUCCUCAUUCAACCAAAGUUAUAUGUUCAUGAAUCAGGAACAAUUGCAGCUGCUUGCAGAAAGGCUUGACCCUAUUCAGCCAAAGGAGGUGCGCCAGGAAGCGCUGCAGACACUGUGCUCUGCUCCUCCCUCUGACAUCCUGAACUCCGAGAGUUGGCCCAAGCUGCGUAAGCAUCUAACGACGUCCCUGUCAGAUCCCGAUGCAGCCUACAGCGAGAAAAUUUUGAGGUUCUAUGCCAAAACCUUUUCUUCUUCUCCAUUUAAUUUGACAAGAGAAGUAUAUACAAGUUUAGCAAAGCACUUGGAGUUGUAUUUUCUUUCUGAAGAAUCUUAUCUUCCUUUUUCUGCUGGGCUGGAUAUAUCUAAUACAGACAUAAUCCGUUUACUAAAAAAGGUACGCCUUUUAAAUGAGUAUCAAAAGGAAGCUCCAUCUUUCUGGAUCCGUCAUCCUGAAAAAUACAUGGAGGAAAUAGUGGAGUGUACCUUGUCACUGCUGUCAGUGAAACUUGAGCCUGGUCAUCUUGCCUCUCCAGAGCUUCUGGGUCCAGUCUAUUUCUUGGCUCUGCUAGAUAUCAAAGCUGCUUGGUUCAAAAAAUGGACGCAUGCACAUUACAGCAGAACAGUGGUGUUUCGACUUUUGGAUAAAAAGUAUAAAUCUUUGAUUAAUGCAGCUGUGCGGCAGUGUCUUGAGUACUUUGAGUUUUGCAAGUCAGCUCCUGACAGAACUUCUCGAGCGAGCAGCGUUUCCCAGCAGCGCGGUGGUGGUAAGCCGAAAUUUUCUUAUACUGGACAAGAUUUGCAGCACAUCUGUUUUGUGCAUUCGCUGUGCCUUUUAGGAAGAUCAAUCAUCUACAAGGAAGGCCAAAAUCUUUUCCCAGUACAGCCAAAAAACAGAAAAGAUCRUGUAUCGUUAUCAGAUCUAUUGGUAUUAUUUAUUCAGCUUAUUUAUUACUCUCCAAGCUACUCAAAGACAGCUCUGACAGGGCAGACAGACAAUUAUUCCCCAGCAAGUCUUGUUGUAGAGAUUCUGCAAGUGUUGUCUGACCAGACGGAAUGUGCAGCUAAGUGUUUAUAUACUGAUGCUGUGGUUGAUGCCCUGCUUCAUCCCAUUCAAAAUUUACUGAGUGGCACAGAGAUGCAUAUAAACUGUCUUGAAGCCACCUUAAUUCAUGUAGCAGAUAUUUUGACAAGGAUUGCUGCRGUAGAAGAUGGUCUUUCUUUUCUUCUUUAUGGAGGAAAUAAAAACUCUGCCAAAGAAGAUGUUCCCACAGCUGUUCAUGUAAUUGUUGAGUUUACAAAGAAACUUCUUCACGAUGACAUUUCUCUUCUACCUGGAUCUGAGCUUCUGCCCAUGGUUAAAGGAGCUUUCGUUUUUGUGUGUCGUCAGAUGUACAGAACCUGUGAAGGUCUGCAGGUGCUUAUUCCUUAUGGCUUGCAUGAAGCUUUUGCAGAGGCUUGGAAGAAGACAAGUUUGCUUUCAGAAAGAAUUCCCACUCCUGUACCUGGUGCAAGCUCCCCCUCGUCAAUAAGUCAAGAGUCAAAAACCACUUCAGUAUCAGAAGAGACUUUGUUAGAAGCCUUACUAGCUUUUUCUGCCACACCGAAAGGACUGUUUCUACUUCAGAGUACAGGGGCCAUGAAUGACUGUGUGACUUUUAUGUUCAACAGUAUGUCAAGAAAAAAGCAGACAAGUGACUGUGAAGAGUCUGGUAAUGGAAUGAUUGUUAGCCAAAUAGCAACAACACCUGCGGGUGCAGUAGCUCUGCAGAGUUCAGGCUUUAUAAAAGCACUUGUAACUGAAGUAUGGUCUCUGCUGGAAUGUGGAAAAGACGAUGUGAGGAUAACUCAACCCAAAUCUUUUCCAGUAGAUCCUAUUGACCAAAGCUGUCAAAAGUCUUUUCUGUCUCUGAUAAACCUGCUCACUUAUCCUGCAGUUUUCGAACUCCUGAAUAAACAACAUAUACCAAAUAAACCCAUGUAUUCACUCCGUGAAAUUCCUACAGAUAUAAUUGAUAUCAUUGACAGGCUUAUAAUUUUGAAUUCAGAAGCAAAAAUUCACUCCCUGUUCAAUUAUGAGCAAUCACAUAUAUUUGGUCUGAGGUUGUUAAAUGUGUUAUGCUCUGAGCUCAACACCCUGUUACUGUUAGAGACUCAGUAUAAAGUGUCGCAAGUUUUACUAACUGCUCAGGAGGAAAAUGUCAUAGAAACUUCUGAAGGACAAGGAGAUUUUAUAAUUGAUGGUCUGUCAAUUGAGAGAAAUCAUAUUCUUGUUAGAAUAAAUCUUAUUGGAGGACCACAGGAAAGGAUUUUACCUUUAAGAGUCCUGGAUAAGGGCAGUGAUCCAUAUCCUUGGCCAAUGUUUUCAUCGUUACCUUUGCCAAGGUGCUAUGUUUUGAAAAUCCCUAAGAAAGCUGAUUUCAGACAAGAUAAUGAUCUGGACAAACUCUUAUCGCUUUUAAAAAAUCCAGAUAAACCAACUGGUUGGGCAGAAAACUGUAGAAAACUGUUCUGCAAAGUCAUGAAAGCCAAACCUGAUAUCAUCAGUGGAACAAUUUUGGCAGAAUUAAUUGAAAAGUUUGUGUCACGUCUUUCAGAAAGCCCAUUGGAUUGUUAUUUCAGCAAAGGAGACUAUAAAGCUACUGAUACAAAUGUGAAGAAUGAAAGCCUUUCAGCUGUGCAGCAGCUCGGUGUUGAAAUGACAGUCAGAUAUGGGAAAUACUUAAACUUACUAAAGGAACAUGCCGAAGAUGAGCUGUCCUCRGUGUUGUUGAGUUGUGAGAAAUUUCUGAAACAACAGCAAACAACCGUAGCAUCCACACUUUGCUGCUUGCAGGGAGCUUAUGCUGGCUACGAUUGGUUUGCAUCUUCUGUGUUUCUGAUAAUGUCAGGAGACAGGGAGAAGACAUUAUGGUUUCUUCAGCGAUUUUCACAUCUUCUUGUUUCAGCAUUUCUCUGGUUACCAAGACUGCAUAUGUCUAUGCACCUGCCUGUUACCACAGUGGAGUCUGGCAUCCACCCAGUGUAUUUUUGCAGUGCUCACUACCUGGAGAUGGUGCUGAAAGCUGAGGUACCACUUGUCUUUUCAGCCUUCCACAUCUCUGGUUUCCCUCCAUCUCAGAUCUGUUUACAGUGGAUAACUCAGUGUUUCUGGAACUACAUGGACUGGAUUGAGAUCUGUCACUACAUUGCUACAUGUAUUUUCCUUGGUCCUGAUUAUCAAAUAUAUAUGUGUAUAGCUGUGUUCAGGCACCUACAGCAAGACAUUCUGAAACACACCGAAGAUCAAGAUCUUCAGGUUUUUCUGAAAGAAGAAGCUCUCCAUGGAUUUCGAGUGAGCGMUUAUUUAGAAUAUAUGGAAAGCUUGGAGCCAAUCUACAGGCCAACGUUGCUGAAAGACAUGAAAAAUAUCAGAGAGCAGACUGCAUAGAUAAAGCAAACAAGCAUGUUAUUUUCCAAUUUUCACUGCAUUCAUGAAAAGGAUGCCAAUUAUUUGAUAUAUCGAUCUCCAUAAAAAUAAGUCAGGCUCUGUACAUGUACAUAUUGUAAAAUAAAUAAGCAGAGUUUUCAGAAUAUAGUUUCUACAYGAGGUCUUCAUCUAACUUGGAUGACCUGCAUUAGUGUAUUAUCCCAGGCUUAUUUUUGUUUGGCCUCAGAACCCACCUGUAGAUUGCUGAAAUGUGUUUUUUAUAAUGCCUGGAAUCUGUUUCCAAAGCACACCAUUAUUUUCUUCAGUUUGGAUCACAGUCUUCCUUUGUAUUUUGCAAGGACCUGACAAAGUGCUUUUUCCUUAAAGCAACCAUAAAUUUGUGUGCAAGACRUGAACAAAUGCAAAACAAAUAUUCUGUCUGCAGCUGUUCUGACUUGGUAGAUGAAGUUGAGAAAAUUAGGUGAUCAGAUACAUGCAAAGAAAGUGUGCCCUUAUYUCCCUAAUAAAUCAUUUUUGCCAUAAACAGCUAUUUGUAGCCGACACUGUCAGUGUGUGGAAGUGAAAGACGGCCCCUCAGCAGCCUGGUCUAACUGGACCUGCUUUGAAUAGAUAAUUAGACCAAAAAAAUCUCUGGAGAUUCCCUCCCUCCUACAUGGAUCUGUGAUUGUAAAAUAACACUGUUAUGCUUUUUAACUUAUCUGUGCUUGAUUAAAGUUAGGAUAGUUAUCACCACCUUUGGUUUGCCAUGGAAACAUGCUCAAAGAAGGUUAUAUUCAUAGGUUGCCUGAGAUUCAUCUCCUGUUCUUUUCUUCUGUGUUCUAUGCCAGCACAUUUGAAGGACCAAGGAGGUUUGUCUGUUUGUGUCCCAGCACUCUGAGACAUGACUGUUCUCUAAACAUAAACACAUCCAGUGAAAGUAAGAUUUUAUAGGAUGCAUCCUGUGUAGCAGGUUGUAGUUUUCUCUCAUUAAGGUAUCUCAAAAAUCUGUACUUUCAAACUAAUCUAGUGGCACUCCUGUUCCCUCAGAGGCUCUAUAUGUG